AUGGAGGACCAAAUAUAUCGAACAAUCAAAGAUUCAAUUAAGGUCAUGAAGGAUACUUUGUCAAAGGAUCUCACUGAUAUUCAUUCAAUGUUACGCGAGUUGGUUGGAACCCUUACUAUUAGUAAACCUGGAACUGUGGAAUUUCAACGAUUUUGUGGCGAGAAUCCAGAGUUAUGGAUUUCUCAGGCUGAACGAUCCUUUAAGUUUUAUGAGAUUACAGAAAACCACAAGUUAGAUCUUGCGUCAUGCAAUCUCGAUGGGACAGCUUUACAGUGGUAUCAGUGGCUUUUCCAAAACAAAGAGUUGGCGGAUUGGAAAUAUUUUACUGAGAAAGUGCUGAUUCGUUUUCAUAAAUGCCAUCUCAAAUUGCCAAAAGAAAGCUUGUCAAAUCUUCAGGAGUGGAGCAAUAUAACCAAUUCAUCUGUGCUUCAAAACUAUAAGGAGAAAUCUGAACGCAAAAGAAAAAUGAAUGCGCACAAGGUGUUUGACAAAAAGUUGUCUGGUUACUUUUCCACAUUAUUUGUUGAGACGCAAUCAGACAUUCCAAUUGAAAUGAGGUACGUUAAUGCAAUUGAUCUUGAUCGUGGCUCUAAUGAACAACACACUCAUGAAAUUGAGACCUUGGAAGGUGCGAUUUCUGCUGAUGAAAUAAUACCUUAUGCAGAGUGUGGCAACUUUUAUGAGGGAGAAGAACAUGAUGAAGGUAAUUUACUAAACGUUGGUGCGACUACCUUCAUUGUUCAUGUUCAAGGAAUUGCAUCAAAUCUCACUUAUGGGGGAGAAGAACACGAUGAAGGUAAUCUAUUGUUGAACCUUAGUGCGACUACCUUUGUUGUUCAUGUUCAAAAAAUUGCAUUACAUCUCUAUGUAUGGGAUCCCGGAAUUAGUUCUGAGUUCUAG